AUGAGACAACCAAAAGUAGCCGCACAGGCUGGACGCUUGGAAGAGGUAGGCGUGGAUGGCUCAGUCUCGCUUCAAUUCCACACUUCCUCCACUGCCUGGCCCAAAGUUCCCCUCCCUCCUCCCUUGGCAUUCGGCAGCUUGGCCUCUUGGCAUCUCCACCUACGUCUCCAUCUCCAACUCCAUCUGCUGUCUACGUCCAUCUUGUUCAUCAUCCUUGCGCACCUAGCAUCUAUACCAGCACCACAUACUUGGUCCUUCCAUCUUUCAACCGCACACACCAUUGGGCUUCGACAGUCGCAGUCCAGAUCAGCAGCAGCACACGCACAUUCAACAGCCUUACCCAGCCGCAGACUCCACGCCUUCUAUCAGGCAGCUUUUCGGCCCCUUAGCACCACCGACCUUGCAGCACGGUCGCUGAGCGAACUAUCCGACACUCCGCAUCCUCUCGACAUCUUUAUCGCUCCGUCUCAGCCUUCGUCGGCACAUCGUCGACCUCCAUGUGCGCAGCGUAGCUGGUCGUAUCGCGCUUCAGACAUCUAG